AUGGAGGCUGCCGACCCAACUCGCGCUUUGGGGCGAGCGCAUCUCGCACAUCUGCCGCAGCGGCCGCCAGUCAAUUUGAGCUUCCAAGACCUCACUUACACCGUUACUAAUGGAAAGGUUUCAAAGUUGAUACUUCGCGGUAUCAACGGAGAGUUCAAAUCUGGACAGUUGACCGCCAUCUUGGGACCUUCAGGCGCCGGGAAGAGUACUUUAUUAAACGUGCUCGCUGGUUACAGGGUCAACGAAGCCAGCGGUGUGAUCUCAACAAAUGGCGAGCCGAGAGACCUGAGGCAGUUCAGGAAACUGUCGCGCUACAUCAUGCAGGAGGACCUACUGCAGCCUCUGAUCACCGUCCGAGAGGCGAUGAUAAUGGCCGCCGACCUGAAACUGGGGAACAAAAUGUCCAAGCGAAGGAAGACUGUCAUCGAGAGGCAAAAAUGGGUCGAAGAAAUAGUUCAAUUGCUUCGACUGGACAAGGCGUGGGACACAUCCAGCGAGAGGCUGUCCGGGGGCGAGAGGAAGAGGCUCUCUAUAGCCCUGGAACUCCUCAACAACCCGCCAGUGAUAUUCCUGGAUGAGCCAACCACGGGUCUGGACGACGUGGCUUCCUCCACGUGCGUGUCUCUGCUGAAGCGGGUGGCUCGCGGUGGUCGAACGGUGGUCUGUUCGCUGCACACGCCGUCGCGCGGCUCUUCUCCGUUUUCGACCACGUGUACGUGGUGGCGGACGGCCGAUGCGCCUACCAGGGAUUACUUAUGGCUUCGUGUCGGGCUGCACUUCUUCUUGGGCAUUACAAUUGCGCUGCUGUUUUACCAGAUCGGCUAUGACGCUUCAAAGACUAUAUUCAACUUCGGUUUCUGCUACGCGUGCAUCAUCGCAAUGCUUUACGUUCCUAUGAUGCCCAUAUUGUUGGCUUUCCCAAAAGAGGUGCAGCUGAUAAAACGGGAGUACUUUAACCGUUGGUACGGCCUGAAGCCCUACUACGCGGCGCUGGUGGUGUCCCGCACACCGGCAACUAUAUUCUUCUCCCUGAUCUACUUGGCCAUCGUGUACCCACUGACGUCGCAGCCAAUGGAGCUUCCGAGAAUCGUUAUGUUCAUGUCCGUCUGCAUUAUGGUUGCCCUGAUAUCGGAGAGCAUGGGAACUGUGAUAUCGUCUAGUCUAAGCGUUGUCAAUUCAGUCUUCAUGGGUCCGGUGCUCAGCGUGCCGUUAAUGCUGUUGGCGGUUUACGGGAUCGGCAGUGGUGACCACUCGCCGCCGAUCCUCUGGAAGCUUGCCAGGGCCUGCUCCUUCAUGCGCUACGGCCUCGAGGGCCUAAUAGUCGCGAUCUACGGCCCGCCCCGGGACGACCUCGUCUGUCCAGAUCACGUCGUCUACUGCGAAUAUAAGAACCCGAACUACUUCGUCAAACUGAUGGGCAUGUCCGGCAUCUCUUUCUGGAUGGAUAUCGGUAUGCUGUUCCUCAUGCUGGUCGCUAUGCACGCAGCGGGCUAUUACCUUUUGCGACAGCGGCUGUCGCCCAAUUACGCCUUCCGGGCGAUCAAGGUCAUCGGGAGAUUUGUAAAGAGCAAAAUCAGCGUGUCUCCAUCGUCA